AUGAAAUGUAUCUGCUUUGUACGUGAUAAACGCCAUCUUGAGUUUCACGUCAGACCCUGAUCUCUAUAUAUCAAUUUAUAUUUAUAUAUCUAUUCAUUAAUUCCUACCUUCUCUCUUUGCACUUUAAAUACCAUCAUCCUUUCCAAACCCACCUUCAUCCUCCCCUGUCUCUUAUUAUUUGCUUCAAUGGGUGAUAACAAUGUCAACCUUCCACCCGGGUUUCGAUUUUAUCCCACAGAUGAAGAGCUUGUAGUCCAUUUCCUUCACAGAAAGGCAUCUCUUUUACCUUGCCACCCAGAUGCCAUCCCUGAUCUUGAAGUCUACCCAUAUGAUCCAUGGGAACUUGAUGGUAGAGCUUUGGCAGAGGGAAACCAAUGGUACUACUACAGCAGAAGGACACAAAAUAGGGUCACUGGCAAUGGGUAUUGGAAACCAACGGGAAUGGAAGAACCAGUGGUUUCAAGCACAAGCAACAAAAGGGUUGGCAUGAAGAAAUAUUUUGUGUUCCAUGUGGGAGAAGCCCCUACUGCUGGUAUCAAAACCAAUUGGAUAAUGCAAGAAUAUCGUCUAUCAGAUUCUGCUUCCUCUACCAGAUCAUCCAAAAGAAAACCACAACCAAAAAUAGAAUACAAUAAAUGGGUGAUAUGUCGUGUUUAUGAGCGCAAUGGAGACGAUGAUAAUGGAACAGAGCUCUCAUGCUUGGAUGAAGUAUUCUUGUCAUUGGAUGAUGAUCUUGAUGAAAUAAGCUUACCAAAUUAAUUAGCUGAUAAUGCAAGUGAUCUAGCUUGCUAUAUAGCCGCAGUAUAUCCAUCUGGAUAAUUAAUUAAAAUAAUUGUUGCUUGUUAUCGCUUCAUAUGUUAUUUACGGGCCAUAGUUAAACUUAAAUCCAGUGUAGAUGGCAUUGUAAUGAUCAAUGAAAUGGGUUUUCAUAGCAGCCCUUCAAGUGGGGCACUAAGCAAAAAAUUCAUGGCCAAACAAUAUGUACGUAGUAUGACGUUAUGGUUUUAUAGAUCCCACU